UAGACCAGAUUUCAUUGUGGGUUGCAGUCAACUGACAGAUCAGUUGAAUAUUUAACGUCGUCGGGAAUUUACAAAUAAUGCGGCUACAGUUUAUUCCGGUUUUAAUGAUAUUAUAUCCCACGCUUUCACUGGCUAAUUCCCUUGAAGAGUCCUGUACCACAUCUAGUGAAAUGGAGAAUCGUUGUGCCGCAGUUUGCUAUCCAACCGUCAAGCCUCUGCUGCGAUAUAUGGAAGUUUGUGAAAGAAAUUUAAAGCUAACCUCUGAAAAUCAGGCUAAAUUGAAAGCGCAGGAUAUUGAGUUGAUGAAAUGUAUGGAAGACGUUAAAACACAGAGGCAUAACUUAGAAAAUUUAGAGGGACAGUGCAACUUUAAUGGAAUUCUAAGGCAGUCUUUUGAGGAAGUUAGACAAGUGAAUUCCAAGCUCAGGGGAACGAUAACGGAGUUGCAAUCUAAGAAAUAUGAAGAAUUGUAUCAAUCUUAUUUAGAACUUACUAGGGAAAAAAACUAUUUUAAGAAUUUGGCUAAACGAAACGAAAAAGAGGCCGCAGAUGUGAGAUCUGAAUUCGUUAGCUUCAAGACAAGCUGCGAAAGGCAGCUGAGUGAAUGUUCAUCAACAGAAGAUAUACAUCAUUUCGGCUCAUUUCAUAGCAAAUUUGAAAUGAAAUUUCCUUGAAUCCCUUUUAAUUAAUUGAUUUGAAUAUUUAAAUGUAUU